GUAUUUUUGUGCCUCAGCUUGACACAUCUUUUCAUGGCAACAUUUAGAGGCUGAUCCACGCGUCAUACACCAUCACGUGUGUGUGUGUUACUACAUGAAGGCAGCUGCUACGCACUUGGAGACACACAGACAGACGCAGAGACAUGAUGUGACAUUCGGCCACGCGUAAUUUGCGCAUUUGGAAAGCGGUGCGCACGGCAGAUGCACCGCUGUGUGUGUGAUGAUUUGACUGUUUCUGGACGCCUCUUGCUGUUGGAGUGAGUCCAGGGAUGCUGCGGCUUGUCUGGCUGCCGGAGUGCCUCCGCGCAACGAGGGGCUGCGCCCUCCACAUCUGCUGAACAGGAGAGGCGCGGAUCAGCCGUUUCUGACCAUAUGAUUUCACUCUCACCGGGGGAAUAACCUGAUAUGGAUCACUCCUGGGACAUUUAAGCAUCUGCGGUGAUAUCGCUCGCUGCUGGGACUGUGGGAGUGCAGACUGUUCCUCUUCCCUGCUGCAAGGCUGCAAGAUGGGGAAUAGUUUCUCCAAUUUGGGUGCCUUCCAGUCCUUGCACAUAGUCAUGCUCGGCUUGGACUCUGCGGGCAAAACCACCGUCCUCUACCGGCUUAAAUUUAACGAGUUUGUCAACACGGUGCCCACCAUCGGCUUUAACACAGAGAAGAUCCGGCUGGGCGGCGCGGGGGCCUCCAGGGGCAUCAGCUGCCACUUCUGGGACGUCGGGGGCCAGGAGAAGCUGCGGCCCCUGUGGAAGCCCUACAGCCGCUGCACGGACGGCAUCGUGUACGUGGUGGACUCCGUGGACGCCGAGAGGCUGGAGGAGGCCCGGACCGAGCUGCACAAGAUCACCCGGUUCUCGGAGAACCAGGGGACCCCGCUGCUGGUCAUCGCCAACAAGCAGGACCUGCCCCGGGCCCUGGAUGUCGGGGAGAUCGAGAGGCAGCUGGCUCUGGCUGAGCUGAGCCCCUCCACCCCGUACCACGUCCAGCCGGCCUGCGCCAUCAUAGGAGAGGGGCUGGAUGAGGGCAUGGACAAGCUGUAUGAGAUGAUAGUGAAGAGGAGGAAGUCACUGAAGCAGAAGAAGAAGAGGCAGUGAUGGCAGAUUUUCCUUACUAUAGAAAUAUUACAGGAUGAAUUCAAGAGGGAUUUUACAUACACAGCAGAUAAAAACACCAUGAAGCAUAAAUAGCAUUGUUGAUCACCACAGAAACAUUGCAAGGCUCCAUAUAUAACGGGAAUAUAUUUAUAGUGAUGCUACAUGAGCUAAAAAAAAUACCACUAUUAUCACUCAUUAGGAUCUAUAUGAUUGCAUAUGAAUGUUAUAGCGGGAUAUAAUGAGGGUAAACCUGCCUAAACUCCAUUUAUUAACAUUUUUGUUUGCAGGAAACAAUCUUAUAAUAUAAAUAUGAAUGACAUUAAUUUACAAAACAAUCAUAAUAAUCUCAAAUUUAUGGGGGGGAAAUAAUGAUGACUUGCCUUGAUCAACAGUUUUAACUCCCUGUGAGUGAGUCCCUGAUGUAGGAGUAUUAAUAGGACUGUUUCAUUUUAGCAGAGAUGUUUUAUAAAGUGUAUGGAUCUACUGGCAGAGAUCCCUGUUGCUGCUGUGUUGUGCUGUGCACAGACUGUUGUAAAUGUGAUUAGGGAUGCACUGAUGCACAGACUGGCAUUUAGAUCUGUGAGAUGGUGUUACACCAAAGAUGAUUCUCCUGAGAAGACAGAGACACUCUCCAUCUCUUCCAUCCUCCAUUGUUUUGUUAUUUACAACCCUCCCUACCACUCUGCGGUGAAAAUGUAAAUCCAAAAUGAUUGGUUGAGAUAAGGCUGAGAAUACAACUUUGUUUAGGUUCUGGAGGGUGCUCAGUCUAAAUAAGUAAGUAAAGUUCAGUUAACUAAUAAGGUCACUGAAGUCUCAGCGUUAUAGGAAUAUUUAUUCAGUAUCCAAGAUUUGUAGCGUUGUGGCUCAAGAAAGCAGAUGGGGGAUAAAAAGGGCUCAAUGCUCACAGGUAAAGACAAUAAUAAGCUACAUUUUUUUUUUAAAAACGUCUCAUAUGUUGCAUUUGACACAAUUAAGUGUGGCAUUGAUACUGUCUUUACUGGAAACAAAAUUGCAGUGGCUUAAGAUUAUGAAAUUUACCCAUUGACUCCAUGCUCAUUUUGCACUUUGAGACAUUUUCUGAGUUGUGUGUCUUUGAUUAUACCUCCUCUGGAAGCCAUAUUGGAGGUCUUGAGCUCAGCUGAUUUCAGUAGACCUCUGUCUGAUUGACUUUAUGUUCUGUUUUUGGCCUGGGUGCAGCGUUACCACCAUUCUUCCAGGAAAAGUAACAACUAGUUGCUAAAUAAGUUGCCAGUGGACACCAUGUGUUAGUUUAUAGCUGCAAACAGUAUUUGCUACUGCCAUUUAGAGCUUACAAAUCUCGAGCUGCAGUGAUUUGUUGCCAAAUACUUGUAGAGAGCGCAUUAACUAUUUGGCCAGUGGCCAGAAAAACAUGCUAGAUUUUUUGCUAGUUUCCUCUUUUAGGUAGCAGGAUAAUGAAACACAGAUGAAUGUAGCAAUGGCUGUUUAUAUUAUUUGUGCACUAGAUUCCCACAAAUGGAGGUGUGAGAUUAGUGACGUGGCUGCAAAGCGUCAAAACAGCAUUUAAUUUUCAUACACAUUUUUCUCAUUAGAGGUGUUCAAAAUAAUUCUCUGUUUAAACAACAGUGCCAUUUUUGUAGCUAUAUCUCAAUACUACAAAAAAGAGAGGUUACCAAACAAAUUAAUGAAACUACAGUAUCAUCACGCAUUGUAGUGUUUUUCCUGACAACUUCCAACAAAACACUACAUAGUCGUCAGCAUAGAGUGAUUUUGGGCACAAGACUCGGACAAAAUCAGAUCAGCAUCCUUACUGUUCGCCAAAAUAAAUAGUAGUUUUGUUAUCAGCUGUUCCACAGUGUUGUUGAGAAAGUGUUACAAGUACAUCCCACAUAGUGUCAACCUGCUGGCAGUGACAGGACAGAGAGCAAAGUGUCUUCCUGUAACAAUGAUGUAGUAAAACAAACUGACAGGCUGGAACCUGUUAAGCUGCUCCUAAAAAUUACUUUUCCUCUUAAUGAAGGAUAUUUAAUCAUAAACAUUUACUCCAGUUGAAUGAUAAACCAAAACAUGCUGUGUGGGUUUUUAAAAGAAAUUAAUUAUUACCCCUAAGUACCAAUUCAGUCCCCACCCUUGACAGUGUCGAAACAAUGUUCACCCACAUGAUUGACCGUUUGCAGAAUAGUUACUAAAAACUCACUAAAAUGAGCAUUUUGUCUUAACUGACAGGACUGUUGAAUGUCUCACACAGACUGUUGUCUAAUGCCGCGUUCACGUCUAAACAGUAGAAGAAACAGGAUUAGAUUUUGUUGCUGCAGCUCGAUGUCCACAAAACUAAUCAUACUUUAUGGAUUUUAAAUGAUAAACUACAGCAUGUUCCUCGUUUUAAAGUUGAUUGUGUUUCGAAGGUAAUUUAAAUCAUCAUAAUAUCUUGGAAUGCUACAAAAAUCCCCACAUGUCAUACUUGUAAUAACCACCAGGGGGCAGAUAAUAAUUUUUUUGCAGUCUAAAUAUUAUAUUUCCGACAUAAAUCUGACGUGAACGUGGCAUCCUUUUUCUGCAGUAUUCAGUCGAGCUGUGUUCAACAUUGCAUGACAGUCACUACUUCAGACAAUGAAAAUUAUACAGUAUAGCAUUACAGCCAAGAUACAGCAAGACCAAACAAUGUAUUACAUGCCAAAAUGGAAAAAAAGAAAAAAGUAUUUUUGGGAUUAAAACUCUUUGUAAUUGAA